CUGCCGCCCCCUCCCCUGCGGCUCCCGCCGGGUGUCCUCGCUCCUCCCGAGCUGCCGCCCCGGCCGCCGCUCCCCCGCUCCCAGGCUUGGGCUCCCCGGGCGCUGCGGCCGCCGCUGCCUCCGCGGUCUGCACGGCGAGGAGGAGGAGGAUGUGAAGAUGGCGGAGCUGCAGAUGCUGCUGGAAGAGGAAAUCCCGGGGGGCCGCCGGGCCCUCUUCGACAGCUACACGAACCUGGAGCGGGUGGCCGACUACUGCGAGAACAACUACAUCCAGUCAGCAGAUAAGCAGCGAGCCCUAGAAGAAACCAAAGCCUACACCACCCAGUCCUUAGCAAGUGUUGCCUAUCUGAUAAAUACCUUGGCCAACAAUGUACUGCAGAUGCUGGAUAUCCAGGCAUCCCAGCUACGAAGGAUGGAAUCGUCAAUCAAUCAUAUUUCACAAACUGUUGAUAUUCAUAAAGAGAAAGUUGCAAGAAGAGAAAUUGGUAUUUUGACUACCAAUAAAAACACUUCAAGGACACAUAAGAUUAUUGCUCCAGCCAAUCUUGAAAGACCAGUUCGUUAUAUUAGAAAACCUAUUGAUUAUACAAUUCUAGAUGAUAUUGGACAUGGAGUAAAGGUGAGUACCCAGAAUAUGAAGAUGGGUGGGCUGCCACGUACAACACCUCCAACACAGAAACCUCCCAGCCCCCCUAUGUCAGGGAAAGGGACACUUGGGCGGCACUCCCCCUAUCGCACACUGGAGCCAGUGCGUCCUCCAGUGGUACCCAAUGAUUACGUACCUAGCCCAACCCGUAACAUGGCUCCCUCGCAGCAGAGCCCUGUGAGGACAGCUUCUGUGAAUCAGAGAAAUCGAACUUACAGCAGCAGUGGGAGCAGUGGAGGAAGCCACCCCAGUAGUCGGAGCAGCAGCCGGGAGAACAGUGGAAGUGGGAGUGUAGGCGUUCCCAUUGCUGUUCCUACUCCCUCUCCUCCCAGUGUCUUUCCAGCCCCUGCUGGCUCUGCUGGUACUCCUCCCCUUCCUGCUACUUCCGCAUCUGCCCCUGCCCCUAGUGUUCCUGCUCCUGUCCCUUCCUCCACUGCCCCAGACGCAGCUUCUGGGGGUGCCCAGGCCCUUGCUGAUGGCUUCGCUUCUCCAACUCCCCCUGUUGUUUCUUCUACUCCCCCUACAGGUCAUCCUGUUCAGUUCUACAGCAUGAACAGACCUGUCUCUCGCCAUACUCCCCCAACAGUAGGGGGCUCGUUGCCCUAUCGACGCCCUCCUUCCAUCACCUCACAAACAAGCCUUCAGACUCAGAUGAAUGGAGGACCUUUCUAUAGCCAGAAUCCAGUAUCUCUUGCUCCUCCUCCUCCCUCCAUCCUACAGGUAACUCCUCAGUUACCUUUAAUGGGAUUUGUGGCCAGAGUCCAAGAAAAUAUUUCAGACACACCACCACCCCCACCACCUGCGGAAGAGCCAGUCUUUGAUGAAUCCCCCCCUCCCCCCCCUCCCCCAGAAGAUUACGAAGAGGAGGAGGCCGCCGUGGUUGAGUACAGUGAUCCCUAUGCUGAGGAGGACCCGCCCUGGGCUCCAAGGUCUUAUUUGGAAAAGGUUGUGGCAAUUUAUGAUUAUACAAAAGACAAGGAAGACGAGCUGUCUUUUCAGGAAGGAGCCAUUAUUUACGUCAUCAAGAAGAACGACGACGGCUGGUAUGAGGGAGUGAUGAAUGGAGUGACGGGGCUCUUCCCUGGGAAUUAUGUCGAGUCCAUCAUGCAUUAUUCUGAGUGAGGCUCCGCCGGGCUGUUUCCCUCCCCGGAACAGGCAGGACCUCCCACACUAUCCCAGGGCCCUGGCACUCCCCUCAGUGAAGUGAA